UCAUUUAUCUGUGUCUUGUUUUUGCUGUAUCAUUCAAAUAAGAGGAUUAUAUAGCAAGUUUUCUGAAUCGUAAUAAAAUAAAAUAUUCACUAUGGCUCUAGCUGAAUUAUGUGGAAUGCAAGAUCGAAUUGGACCAAAACAGGACACGGAUUUUCAUGGUGAAAUUUACCAGAUGAGUGGUAAUUUUAUCAAUAAUGCCUCUCUUGGUAUACCACCAAUGAUAAAACCUAUUGGAUUAUCUCCAAAUUUUUCUAAAGAUGAUAAUGGAAGAGAAGUAAAAAUCAACUUUGAUCAUGGAACGACAACUCUAGGCUUUAUGUACAAAAAUGGUAUUGUUCUAGCUGUUGAUUCCAGGGCAACUGGUGGCCAAUACAUAGGAUCACAGACAAUGAAGAAAAUCGUUGAGAUUAAUGAUUUUUUGUUAGGAACCUUGGCUGGAGGAGCAGCAGACUGUGUUUAUUGGGAUAGGGUAUUAUCAAAACAAUGCCGUUUGCAUGAACUUCGAAACAGAGAAAGAAUAUCUGUUGCGGCUGCUUCUAAAUUGAUGUCUAACAUGGUAUAUAAUUACAAGGGUAUGGGUCUUUCAAUGGGAAUGAUGCUUGCUGGAUGGGAUAAGAGGGGACCUCAGCUCUACUAUAUAGAUUCUGAAGGUACUAGGACACCUGGAAAAAUUUUCAGUGUUGGUUCUGGAUCGAUUUAUGCUUUUGGUGUCUUAGAUUCAGGUUACAAAUGGGACUUAACUGAUCAAGAAGCAUAUGAUUUGGGCCGAAGGUCAAUUUAUCAUGCAACACACAGAGAUUCAGCUUCAGGAGGUAUUAUCAGGGUAUACCAUGUAACAAAAGAUGGAUGGAUUCAUAUUGAUAAUAAUGAUUGUAAUGAUCUCCAUUAUAAAUAUUUGGAAGAGAAAAAUAAUGUUUGAAAUUUGUAAUUUUUAUAAUAAAAAAUAAGGAAAUUGAAUUCAAAA